CAAAAAAACACUCCAACCGAAAAACAACAUGACGCAAGAGGAUCCAUACGGAAACGAUGAAGAUCUUCUCAUAAUUGACAAUCAUAAACCCCUUAGUGUUGUUCAACAACUUGUACCAAAGGAGGAACCACCUCAGUCAAAACUUCCACUGGAAGAAAUAGCAGAAAAUGAGCGUUCAACCUUAACAAAGAGUACCUCUCAUCCUAAUUCUCUUUCUCCUCGAUUGAAUUCGCUAUCUAUUGUGAAUAGUGAAAAUAAUGGAGUUGUUUCUCAAAGUAGUAUAAGAAGAAAAUCAAUUGUAUCUAAUAGUCCUAUCAUUCCUCCUAAAACCUUCUCAUCACUUAAAGAUGAUUUUAAAAUAAUGUAUAGAGUCUUUACUCAUCUUACCUAUGUAGAAUUAAUCCGAGUUGGAAAUACUUGUUCUUUCUGGAGAAUGAUACUAAGAGAUUGUGAAAAACUUAGCAAACAAAAAGAGAAACUCAUGGGUGUUGAGUACGUCGAUUUAUAUGAGAGAGAAUGCAAAAGAUUAUGGCCUUCUAAUCAUGAUGUGUCGAGAUACCCACCAGAGAGGCCACUUGCACCAACUGCUGAAACAUUCAAAGUGAAAAAUGAUGACGAGGAAGAAAUUAAACCAUCAUCACAAAGAAGAGCAUCCAUCCUUGAACUUGACACAGGAGGUUAUAGAAGAAUGCUUCUCGAUAGAAAUAGAGAAAACGAGUUAUUCCCUAUUGUAUAUUUAGAAUUUUCAAAAACAUCAAGACAAUCCUAUCUAAGCAAUAACAGUAGUGAAUUUGUGAGUUUGGGAAGAGUUGAAAUUAAAUUGAAUAAGAAAGAAGCCCCUAAGGCAGCAGAGAAUUUUAGAUGUUUGUGCACAGGAGAAAAGGGAUUAUCUCCAAAUUCAAUUCCUCUCUAUUUUAAGGGUGCAACCAUGCACAAAGCACUCCAAGCCACUUUUAUUCAGGGUGGUGAUAUUGUCUAUUCAGGUGCUAGUGGAUGGUGGCAAGCUCAAUAUGGAAAGGAAAUUGCAUCAUCAAGAAACGACCCAAUUGCAGUAGAGGGAGAAGGAUCUGAAAGCAUUUAUGGACAAACUUUUGAUAGUGACUCCAGUGAAUUAUGUCACAAUCCUGGAUCCGUUUCUUGUGUUGUUAAACCUGGUAAUGGAUGUCAAUUUAAUAUUUGUGUAACAAAGUGUAAAGAGCUAGAUGGAAAGCAAAUUGUAUUUGGAGAAGUUGUUAAAGGUCAAGAAGUUGUCAGAAAGAUUGAAACAAUUAUCCUUAUUGCUCAGCAAGCCGCACCUGAAGAUCAAGAGGUGGUCUUUAUCAAGGCUUGUGGUCAAACUGGUUUCAGUGGAAAAACAUUCGACAUGUGGACUCAUGAAAUACUGACCGAGGUAAUGGAAGAACCAAAAACAGUUGUACGAAAUGAACCAGUGAAAUCGAGAACAUGCCAAAUUUUAUAAUAGAAAUAUUUAUUUAAUAAAACAUUAACUUUAAUUC